GAGAGAGUAUUUUGCGGCAUAACGAGGCAGAGGAGAAAAAAGGUGGACAAGUGGUCAUCUAAUCCUUUAGCUUCCUAUUUUCAUAGUACGACACGUGUGUUCCUCUGUUACAUACGCUAAUCAAAUUGUCUUUCUUUUCUACCCUCUCUCUCUUCCGCGUGCCCUCCACGUGUCCCCCCUCCCCCCUCUCUUCUUUACCCUCAUCGAUUUCACCCUCUCCCCGUCUCUUCAUUUUGAUUCCUCUGUUUGUUUCCCGGGAAAAUUUUGGGUUUUCAUAAAGCUUAUUUCACUUUUAAUUAUGUUUCUUGAGUUCAGAUAAUGAGUAUUCAAUGGAGAAAAUGGAAAUUUCGAUAUUGUUUUCUUUAAAAGCUUUCAUCUUUCUUACACCCAAUUCUUUAUUUUCUUGAAUUCUCAUCAAGAAUUUUACUUUUUAAUUCAAUUCAUCAGCUAAAUACUCUUUGACUUCAAGAAAAUCUCAAGUCUUCUCAAAUGGCAGCACAAGCAGAGAAUCCCCAACAACAUACCGUAGAGAACAGUAAAGAUUUGCUCCAAAGAUUAAUGAUUUCAAGAAAUCACAUCGAUUCUGAUAGAGUGGCACCAAAAAUAGAGAAAGAGAGCGAUGAAAUUGAGUUAAGCCUCGGACUCUCUUUGAAUGGAAGAUUCGGGGUCGACCCGAGAUCAAAGAAACUCACUAGAUCAUCUUCAAUCCCGGAUUUUAUCAGCAGUAAUCCAACAAAUUGUGGUUUUACGGUUCCGUUAAGUAACGGCGUUAGUAGCAGUAAUAGUACUAAUCUUGCAAGGACUUGUUCUUUGCCUACGGAGACGGAUGAAGAAUGGAGGAAGAGGAAGGAGAUUCAGAUGCUUAGGAGAAUGGAAGCUAAGAGGAAAAGAUCAGAGAAACAAAGGAAUUUUAAGGCUUUAAAAGAUAGAAAAGAUUGCAACUUUGAGGAAGAUAAGAGAGGAAAUGGUAGUCUCAGUAGUACUAAUAUUAAUGGUAAUUAUCAUAAUCUUAAUCAAGAAAAGUUUGCUAAGUAUUUUAAUGGGUAUUUUGGAGUUGGUGGUGAAGGGGGUUUGCCUCCAUCUUCACAAGGAUCAGUUGGAUCACAGCGUAGUGGCUCUUCUGGUUUAUCUGAAUCUGAUAGCCUACCACCAAUUCAAGGAAUGAACAGAGGCAGCGAGUCGAGAAGUCCCGUCAGUGUUCAAUCUCUGUCAGAAUGUGAUCAGAAAUCGACAUUUAAUGGAAAAUCUGGCAGCCCCCCUCCUGCUGUUGCAACCAAAACUGGCAAACCAGAGGGAGUUAACGGAGCUAAAGAGACAGCAAGGAACGUAUUAGAAGACAUGCCGUGUGUGUCGACAACGGGCGAUGGACCCGACGGCAAAAGGGUAGAAGGUUUUCUCUACAGAUAUAGGAAAGGUGAGGAGGUGAGGAUAGUAUGUGUUUGCCAUGGGAGCUUUCUGUCGCCAGCCGAGUUUGUGAAGCACGCAGGCGGAGGUGAUGUAGCGCACCCUCUCAAGCAUAUAGUUGUCAAUCCAUAUCCCCUCCUGUAGUCGUAGUUUUCAUGUUAUGCCCUUUUAAGUGAUGGAAUGACAAUGAAAGCGGUCAAGUUUCAAUCCAGUUUUAAUUUAUUUUCUGAUGUUCAUCAA